AUGAUUACUGCGUUAUUUCACAAGCACACAGGUCAGAGGGACGUAUCCGAGUACUGUCGACGGCGUGUACUUCCAUCAGUGUUCCUCGGCAGGCAUGUUAAGGACGCAAAUUCACAUGUUCUUCACUUUUCUAGAUUGGAAUUACCCUACAGUUGCUCAAUUAGUGUCAGAGCUGAAUCCGGUAGCAAUAUAAUUUUAGUGAUACAAUACGUAUCCGAUAAUAGCAUUAAAAACUCUUGCACCAAAGAUGAAUAUCCAUUAUUGGUGUAUGAGAUAGGUGAAACUUUCGGGGGCUAUUGGGGACCUCUCCCUGACUCUGUGAUGCGACAAGAAAGCAAUGCUUCUCAGUUUUACACCUUACCAGCUACUCGACCGACCACUACAACGGAUAUCAGUGAUGGAGACGAUAGUUAUGAUGAAAGUGAAGAUGAAAGCGCCACUUUAAAGUUAACACAGCAAAUAAAAAAGAUUACUAAGGGUGAUUACUUUGAAAUAGAAGUACCAUUGGUAAAUAUUUCUGGAAAUUUCUCAGUAGGUCAGCUUCCAUCGGAAAGUGUCGAUGAUGUUUUAGACAUAUUGGAUGGAGACAAACCAAGGGAAGGUGUUCUUUACGAAACAAGCAUUUUACCUAUACUGCAAUUUUCGAUGGUAACAGCAUUUGAUCAAUUCCGUGGCGAUUUUACCACUGAAAACUUAAAAUUUGUUACACCUGACUCACGACUUUUCUACCGAACCAAAUAUCGAAGGACUCAAUUUCGUGUAAAAAAUAUAGAGUUUGCGAAUAAACGACCUUCAUUAAAGAGGAGAAAGUUUUUUACCAACAUUUUGCCGUAUACUGUAGUACCAUCUACCAGAUCUACAGAACAUGUGAAUGAUCUUUCACUACCAUUCACAAAUUUGACUAUUGAACAUUUUACUAAACCUCAAGAAAUAAUAGACAAGAUAAUUAAUUCAUUACGUCGACCGAGUCAUGUCGAUAAAAAUCAUGACGCUAGUGUUCAAAAGAUUUUAGAUUUACAAAAUUCGAGUGUAUACUUGUUACCGAAGAUGUCUGUUGCCAUGAAUUCUACUUUUAUUCCGCAAAUACGCAGAACAGACCGUAUGCAAAACAUUAUAAAUUUUACAACAGAUCUUACCUCGACGAAAAUG